AUGUCUGCUCACGGUAAAAAAGGAUGGACAAGUAUCAUGAAGCAUGCCGCUCAAACCCUUGUCUUCAUGGAGGCAAUUGCGGGGAGACGGAGACAGGAUUUACUUGUCUCUGUUUGGAUCGCUACCGUGGUGAAAGGUGUGAAGAAAGUAAGUGACAAAGAGGGAAGAGAGCGACAAUGGCAAGAUAAGAGUGCACGCCGCUCAAACCCUCGUCUACAUGGAGGCAGGUGUGAGGAGACAGAGACAGGAUUCACCUGUCUCUGUUUAGAUCGAUACUUUGGUGAAAGAUGUGAGGAAAAUGUAACCAUCCGUUCUUUAAAGCUUCUUGGUGAAAAGAUAAAUGAAGGAACACUUGCCUUAACGUCCCGCUCCAAUCCUAACACAUACGUGCUGGUACAUGAAGAUCAUUGGAACAAGAACUUAUCCCAAUUGGCAUGUCAGUAUCUAGGGUUUGAAGGAGUAUUUGCGACGGUGAGCGGUCCACUGUACGAGUCCUCGUCCAUCGAUGCUCCUGCUGAAGCCGAAUCAGUGAAAUGCCCUGCUAAUGCCACAAACAUUACCGACUGCUGGUACAGUGAGACUAAAGUGGGACAGAUAAACGAGAGUGAAAUUAUUUCCAUUGUGUGUUGCCCCGUGAACCCAUGUAAUAUAUCUGGUCAACCACUCGGCCUUGAAAGUGGUGCUCUUCCAGAUUCGGCUUUCUCUGAAUCAUCCUGCUUCUCGGCGUCCUAUUGCAGCCGUUUUGGCCGCCUGAACGCUAAGACAGUCUGGAUCGCAUACCCGUCCGACCAAUACCAAUGGAUGCAGGUCCAAUUUGAGUUCAGUUACAUCGUAACGGCCGUAACGACUCAGGGUAGACAUAACGCUGAUCAAUGGGUGACGUCAUACACUUUUUCGUCAAGUUUUGACAACGUGGCUUGGACUGAUUAUUUGAAUGUAUACUCUGGAUCAGUUGAGCUGGGGAACAGGAAAUAG